CCCUCACAGAGCAGACUCAGUUCUGUGUUGCGCAGUUCCAGAAUUCGGGAGCAAAGCCCAGCAAAACAUCCUCACUGUGGAGGAAAUGUGACUGAAUCAGCUCCGAGAGGCCGUGGACUGAAUAAUGUUAAGAGGGGACGUAUAAACAGCUGGUAUAGGUGUGUUCGUUUCCCCUUUUUAUGACUGUGAUGAAAAAAGCCAUGAAGUAUAUCCAGUUGUGGGCCGUGGUCCUCGUCGCUCUGCAACUCCCAGCUGUAAAAAAUGCAGGCACCCAGAGUCUGUGGGGUUUUAAGGCCAUCCUGCAGCGGUCAGGCUGUCAGUACUGGACGCUCAAUCCUGACCACUCUCUGCCUGCUCUGGAGGAGUUCAGCGUUUGUGUGAAUGUCCAGAGGAGCAUUAAUAACUCCGCCUGGACGGCCUUCAGCUACCUGCACCCAGAUCAGAGCCGGGUGGAGCUGGGGCUGGGUGGCCGCGGUGGGAAACUGCAUAUUUGGCUGUUUGGGAUGUACCGGACAGUGCCGGACACAUUGACCGUGGGUCAGUGGUGCUCAAUUUGCAUCACCUGGUCGUGCUCCAUGAAGCAGCUCCAACUUUUCAUCAACGGAAGCAACACUGUGGUGAUGGACGUCCAGCCUGAGGGUUCAACCUGCGGACUGACCGCUGGCGGGUCUCUCACUCUGGGGGCGGCCCAUUAUUUCACCGGAGGGAAAAUGGAGGUGGAAAGUGGGACGAACCUGCAGGGAAACAUAACUUUGUUCCGGGUUUGGAGAAAAAUCCGGAGCCCAGAGCUUCACUCUGCCCACUCCUGCACUGACGGAGACACAGUCAGGUGGCACGGCCGAGUGUGGAACACUCACACCUGUCCAGCUGAGAAAGACGACAUGCUGACGUGCGACUGGUCUCUCUACGAGGUUCAAGUUCGACUCCUCAUUCUUCACUCCAGCAGAAACAUCAACAGUUACGAAGCCCGAGACAUCACACAUUACUGGCUAAGGUGUGUCCUUCCAUCAUACAUUUACUUGCACAGAGUUCUUGUAUCUCCUGUGCCAAGCUCUGCUGGAACCCACAGGAAAACAGGAGAUGACAAAGGAAACCUGACGAAUGGCCCCCAAGUCAGCUGGUUUGAUGCUUUGGCUCAUCUCACUGUGAUUCCCAGCGAUGAUGUUGGAAAAGUUCAGGACUUGGUUUGUGAGCGUCUCAGCAAUGAGUUUCAUACGGCCGUAUACCACCUGUACCCACUCAAGGAGUUUCUGCACAUUUAUUCUAUUGAUGGCGAUGAAGUUCCUAAACCAACCCCCAAACCAAAUGACACAAACACAACACUCAGCACAACCACUAUACUGGGUACAACCUCAACACCCAGCACACCCCUAACACCUGGCACAACCAUAACACCCAGCACAAUCACAACACCAGAUACAACCAUAACACCCAGCACAACCACAACACCUGGCACAACCACAACACCAGAUACAACCAUAACACGCAGCACAACCACAGCACCCAGCACAACCACUAUACUGGGUACAACCUCAACACCCAGCACAACCCUAACACCUGGCACAACCACAACACUCAGCACAACCACUAUACUGGGUACAACCUUAACACCCAGCAUAACCACAACACCAGAUACAACCAUAACACCCAGCACAACCACAACACCUGGCACAACCACAACACCCAUUACCACAACUAUACUGGGUACAACCUUAACACCCAGCACAACCACAACACCAGAUACAACCAUAACACCCAGCACAACCACAACACCCAGCACAACCACAACACCCAUUACCACAACUAUACUGGGUACAACCUUAACACCCAGCACAACCACAACACCAGAUACAACCAUAACACCCAGCACAACCACAACACCCAGCACAACCACAACACCCAGCACAAGAACAACCAGCAAAACCACAACAUCCACCACAAAAACAACACCAAGCACAACAACACGCAGCACAACCAAACCAUCAGUGUCUCCAGUUUUUCCUCCAGCCACAGACAGUUUCUUCAAGGUCAGUGUGAAUGUCACAAUUGAAGAAUCAGGUGUAGACCCUGCAGACACUAUCCAGACCUGGCUUUACGGAACUCUCUCUGCCAAAGGGAUAUCUGUGCUAAACUUCCAUCUUAUAUCCCCACAAACAAGAACUGUCCGUUUGAAGAAACGCAGCAACGAAGUGAAAGAGGGUUUUUACAUUGCUGAAGAAAGCCACAGCUGUGUGUUUCAGAUGCUCGUGCCCAAGUGCUCUGAUGUUGAGGAGACUCAGAGACAGAUCCAUGACCUGCUUGAGAAGCCCUACAACAAUGGCAGCGUGAGGCUGGACGCUGAUCCAGAAAACAUCUUCAUAUCACACAUAGAGCCUGGUCUCUGCCCUCAGCUGACCCAGCAGACUCGGCAGGGUCGGUACGUUUGGCCCUGGACUCCAGCUCAGCGCACAGCAUGGCAGCACUGUGAGGCAGAUAAGGACUGCCUGGCCUUCCGCCAGUGUCUGCUGAAUGCGGAGACGAGUCAGGCUGCCUGGGUUUCUCCGGAGCUGCAACGCUGCCCCACUGUGGUGGCCACCAUCUCAGACCUGGAGCAGAUUGAAGUGACCAACGACACCGCUGAGGAUGUCCUGCAGAUGAUUGUGGACAUACUGAAAGAGCACGACUCUCUGGAUAAGUGUGACCUGCAAACGGUGCUGAAUAAGCUGCAGGAAGUGCUGAACAUCACCACAGUGACCCGUGACCUCGCUGAGGUCAUCGUCAGCAUCGUGUCCAACAUCUUGAACUCAAAGAGUGACCUGCAGCCCUUCACCAACGACAUCCUGAAUAUUACAGACACCGUUGGAGCUGAAAUGUCAGAUUUCAUAGGGGAGUUGGUCAGUGUUGUGGCUCCAGCGCUGGCCCUCUCUGUGGUCAGUGUUGAUCCUGAAAACACCAACAAUCUCACGUUUGGAGUGACCUCAGUGAACGAUGGUCCAUAUCCAACGAUUUAUAUCAAUAAGGAUCCGUAUGAGGGGACAGUGGCGUUUAUCUCUCUGCCCCCAGCUCUACACGCCAGCUUUCCCCCAAAAAACAGCACGAACCCUCGCGUCCAGUUCCAGUUUUACGGGGUUCCGGCGCUCUUUAAGGACGGGGAGAGCAGUCAAACUCUGAUCACGUACGUGGUGUCGGUGAGUGUGAUUCACGCUGCAGAACCUGUGGAGAACCUGAAGGAGCCGGUCAUCGUCACCCUCCACCAUCUGGACACUCAGAUAACUGGUAAAAAGGUUCACUGUGUUUACUGGGAUUUCAAUAAGAAUAGCGGCUGUGGAGGCUGGAGUCCGAGAGGCUGCUGGAAACACAUCGUCACCCCCGAAUACACAACCUGCAUGUGUGACCACCUCACACACUUCGGAGUUCUGCUGGAUGUGUCCAGGACUCCUAUUGAUGAGGAAAAUGAGAAGAUUCUGACCGUCAUGACGUACGUGGGCUGUGGACUGUCCUCGUUCUUCCUGGGCGUUACGGUGCUGACCUACUCUCUGUUAGACAAGUUAAGGCGAGAUUACCCGUCUCAGAUUCUCCUGAAUCUCUCCAUCGCCCUGCUGGGUCUGAACCUCGUCUUCCUCUCCAACUCCUGGUUCUCGGCCUUCGCCAUUUACGGCCUCUGUGUUGCCGUAGCGACGGCUCAGCACUACUUCCUGCUGGCCUCCUUCAGCUGGAUGUUCCUGGAGGCGGUGAACAUGUACUUCGCUCUGGUGAAGGUUUUCAACGUCUAUGUUCCGUCCUACAUCCUGAAGUUCUGCAUCGUCGGCUGGGGACUUCCUCUGGUGAUAUGCUGCCUGGUGCUGGUGGUGAAGCAGGAGGCCUACGCUGUAGCUUCGUUCACUGACCAGGACACUCUGGAGGACUCUGAGAAGUUCUGCUGGAUUCAGGACGACGUGGUGUUCUUCGUGUCUGUGGUGGGCUUCAUUGGCCUCGUCCUGCUCUGCAACUUCUCCAUAUUCCUGGUGGUUCUGCUGCAGAUGAAGAAGAUGCGCGUGAAUCAGCCGGCGGGGACGCACCGCAGCCUGCUGAAGGACCUGAGGGGCGUGGCCAGUUUCACCUUGCUGCUCGGACUCACCUGGGCCGUGGCUUUCUUCACCUGGGGUCCGGCCAAGGUCCCUCUGCUCUACCUGUUCUCCAUCCUCAACAGCCUGCAAGGUUCCUUCAUCUUCAUCUUCCACUGUCUUAUGAAGGAGAACGUGCGGAAACAAUGGAGAAUCCACCUGUGUUUCGGACGCUUUAAACUUCAAGACCAGUCAGAUUGGAGCCACACUGCAACAGUCGUUGCCAAACCCAAAUGCAGCGGGUUCCCAAAGUUCCCCACAGUGGCUUCAUUCAGGUCCAGUAAGUCCAACUCCACUCAGAGCUCAUCGUUGUCCUCAGACUCCAGCCAGCGCCAGGUCUCCAUCAGGAGACCCAACCUGGAUGUGAUGUAUCAGCAGAGUCGGGUUCUGCCCCGAAUCCAUCUCACACCCUCUGCACUCCCCAGUGCUAACGCUAAUGCUGAUCUCCCCGAGGGAUACGAGGUCCAUUCCUGGAUUCCUGAAGAACGCUCCAGCUCCAUUUACUACAACUAAAUCUGAGUUUUUAUUCUUUCGCUUUCACUGUGAUUUCAGAUGUUUGAUGAUUUGUAAGGACUUUGUACUGCAGAUGUAGCCAUAACUGUAGCUGUAUCUUAAAACACUUAAUACAAAUUUUAAAUGGUUAAACUAAUUUAAAUAAACAUGUG